AUGUCUGUGUACCUCGGGCCUGGAAAUGAUAUGAUCUCUGGCACCGUGGUGGAUCUCACCGACCCAUCUCUUCAGUGGCUACGCUAUCAAACAACACCUUCCAUGCCCAGCUUCCAAUUUGAUAUGUUCAAUGAUAUUCAAGGUAAUAUGAUAAGCCUUGGGUUAUUUCCCAGUCAGGCCGCUGUGCCUCAAAGAACGACGCUGCCAUUUCUGAAACGGUUUACAGAGUCAUCUGGCAUCGCUGAUGGCUUCGACUGCGGAACGCUGGCUCAGAGACGGCAGCUCUAUGAUGCCAUCGACGAUUCCCAUUGCCAAUUCUUGAAGGGCAAGACACGCGAGAUUGUGACAAUGAUGAAGAGAACAAUGACCCGGACACAGCCAUGCUCUAAUAUCGGCCUGGAAUGGUCUCCAGUGAUGGAGAAGGGAUGUUUCGAAUUCUUCUCCCCGGUCAAUCUGCAGAGGUUCCUCCUCCUUUUUUGGUCAGGCUGGUAUCCCAAUACUCCCAUCAUCCACCGACCAACAUUCAAUCCCGAGUCAGAACCGCCGGGGCUGGUUGCAUCCCUGGCUGUUCUGGGGGCGUGCAUGUCACCAGAGCCGGGCGACUGUGUACGAGGGAUGGCGUGGCUUGCCGCUGUGGAAGAAGCAGUCUUUAGCGAUGGCAUCUUAUUCGAUGAUUCGAUCGUUGCUUCUUCGGAUCUCAUGGGUGAUGAGCAGGUGGUAUGGGAUAGGAUGAAGGCGCUGCAGGCUGCGUACUUUGUCUGCAUUGCUCAAAACUGGGAGGGAUCCAAGGAUGGUAAACAGCGCAUUCGAAAAGAACGAUAUAGCCACAUCGUCUCGCCAUUGUUAGAGUACUGA